AUGAAUAAUUAUUUAAGAUUACUCAAACGGCCUUUGGAAACCGUGUGUGUUCUACACUGCAAUCGCGGAGACAACAGGGACUAUCCCCAGGCAAAACUCUUUUCAGAGGAAUUUAAAUUUGCCAUGUACAAGAAUCAUAAAUCUAUCCAAUAUGUCAAAUGCUGGAUGCAAGAUUUCAAGGCCGGGAGAGAGUCAUUGAAAGACGAACCACGUAGUGACAGAAAUCCAACACUAACAACACAGAAAAAUACUGAUAAAGUCCAUGAAUUUGUUAAGGAGAACCGGCGAAUUUCUAUUGAUGAGAUAGAGAAGGAACCAGGCAUCUCACACGGAUCAGUCGUGGUUAUCCUUCAUGAACAUUUGCAUAUGAAUAAUGUUUGUGCAAGAUGA